CCUCCCGCCAAAGGAAGUGAGAAGGGGCUGUUGUAAGAGGAACUAAAGCCAGGAGUCCGGUGAAGGGGUAGAAGCAGGGCCAUGCCCAAGCCACCCCCAAGAGCCCCCUGAACCUGCACCUCCAUCACGACCCAUUCAGGUGCCUCCAGGAGCCCAGACACCAGCCCCCACCAUGGGCAGCAAGGAGCGCUUCCACUGGCAGAGCCACAACGUGAAGCAGAGCGGCGUGGACGACAUGGUGCUCCUUCCCCAGAUCACCGAAGACGCCAUUGCCGCCAACCUCCGGAAGCGCUUCAUGGACGACUACAUCUUCACCUACAUCGGCUCUGUGCUCAUCUCCGUAAACCCCUUCAAGCAGAUGCCCUACUUCACCGACCGUGAGAUCGACCUCUACCAGGGCGCGGCCCAGUAUGAGAAUCCCCCGCACAUCUACGCCCUCACGGACAACAUGUACCGGAACAUGCUUAUCGACUGUGAGAACCAAUGUGUCAUCAUUAGUGGAGAGAGUGGAGCUGGGAAGACAGUGGCAGCUAAAUACAUCAUGGGCUACAUCUCCAAGGUGUCUGGCGGAGGCAACAAGGUCCAGCAUGUCAAAGAUAUCAUCCUGCAGUCCAACCCGCUGCUCGAGGCUUUCGGCAACGCCAAGACUGUGCGCAACAAUAAUUCCAGCCGCUUUGGCAAGUACUUUGAGAUCCAGUUCAGCCGAGGUGGGGAGCCGGAUGGGGGCAAGAUCUCCAACUUCUUGCUGGAGAAGUCCCGCGUGGUCAUGCAGAAUGAAAAUGAGAGGAACUUCCACAUCUACUACCAGCUGCUGGAAGGGGCCUCCCAGGAGCAAAGGCAGAACCUGGGCCUCAUGACACCAGACUACUAUUACUACCUCAACCAAUCGGACACCUACCAGGUGGACGGCACCGACGACAGAAGCGACUUUGGUGAGACUCUGAACGCCAUGCAGGUCAUUGGGAUCCCGCCCGGCAUCCAGCAGCUGGUCCUGCAGCUGGUGGCGGGGAUCUUGCACCUAGGGAACAUCAGUUUCUGUGAAGACGGGAAUUACGCCCGAGUGGAGAGUGUGGACCUCCUGGCCUUUCCCGCCUACCUGCUGGGCAUUGACAGUGGGCGACUGCAGGAGAAGCUGACCAGCCGCAAGAUGGACAGCCGCUGGGGCGGGCGCAGCGAGUCCAUCGAUGUGACCCUCAAUGUGGAGCAGGCAGCCUACACCCGCGACGCCCUGGCCAAGGGGCUCUAUGCCCGCCUCUUCGACUUCCUCGUGGAGGCCAUCAACCGUGCUAUGCAAAAACCCCAGGAAGAGUACAGCAUCGGUGUGCUGGACAUUUACGGCUUCGAGAUCUUCCAGAAAAAUGGCUUCGAGCAGUUUUGCAUCAACUUCGUCAACGAGAAGCUGCAGCAAAUCUUUAUCGAACUCACCCUGAAGGCCGAGCAGGAGGAGUACGUACAGGAAGGCAUCCGCUGGACUCCAAUCCAGUACUUCAACAACAAGGUCGUCUGUGACCUCAUCGAAAACAAGCUGAGCCCCCCAGGCAUCAUGAGCGUCUUGGAUGACGUGUGUGCCACCAUGCACGCCACGGGCGGGGGAGCAGACCAGACACUGCUGCAGAAGUUGCAGGCGGCCGUGGGCACCCACGAGCAUUUCAACAGCUGGAGCGCCGGCUUCGUCAUCCACCACUACGCUGGCAAGGUCUCCUACGACGUCAGCGGCUUCUGCGAGAGGAACCGAGACGUUCUCUUCUCUGACCUCAUAGAGCUGAUGCAGACCAGUGAGCAGGUCUCCUACGACGUCAGCGGCUUCUGCGAGAGGAACCGAGACGUUCUCUUCUCUGACCUCAUAGAGCUGAUCGCUGUAGACACUCCUCGAUCCCCUCACCCCACAGCAGGCCCCAGGAAACCCCUGACCACCUGGGCUGUCUCCUACGACGUCAGCGGCUUCUGCGAGAGGAACCGAGACGUUCUCUUCUCUGACCUCAUAGAGCUGAUGCAGACCAAGCUCCUCGUCUUGGAUUCGAGGGUCAGGCAGACACCCCACAUCAGUCCCACUAAUGCGGUGCGCACUAGUGGAGGUGCACACAGACCAGGGACAUCUGGCCCCUGUGGCUUCUCUAUUACCAGCCCUCACCCACCUCCAGUCUCUGUCUCUUGGGACUAUAUCCAGGGUGGAGAAAAGAGAGGGGUCAGAGGGUCCCAUCUCUGUGCUCCCCACCCACCCCUGCCUUCGCUUCUGCCUCAGAAACAAGCCAAUGACCUGGUGGCCACGCUGAUGAGGUGCACACCCCACUACAUCCGCUGCAUCAAACCCAACGAGACCAAGAGGCCCCGAGACUGGGAGGAGAACAGGGUCAAGCACCAGGUGGAAUACCUGGGCCUGAAGGAGAACAUCAGGGUGCGUAGAGCCGGCUUCGCCUACCGCCGCCAGUUCGCCAAGUUCCUGCAGAGGUAUGCCAUUCUGACCCCUGAGACGUGGCCGCGGUGGCGUGGGGACGAACGCCAGGGCGUCCAGCAUCUGCUUCGGGCGGUCAACAUGGAGCCCGACCAGUACCAGAUGGGGAGCACUAAGGUCUUUGUCAAGAACCCAGAGUCGCUUUUCCUCCUGGAGGAGGUGCGAGAGCGAAAGUUCGACGGCUUUGCCCGAACCAUCCAGAAGGCCUGGCGGCGCCACGUGGCUGUCCGGAAGUAUGAGGAGAUGCGGGAGGAAGCUUCCAACAUCCUGCUGAACAAGAAGGAGCGGAGGCGCAACAGCAUCAACCGGAACUUCGUCGGGGACUACCUGGGGCUGGAGGAGCGGCCCGAGCUGCGUCAGUUCCUGGGCAAGAGGGAGCGGGUGGACUUCGCCGACUCGGUCACCAAGUACGACCGCCGCUUCAAGCCCAUCAAGCGGGACUUGAUCCUGACGCCCAAGUGUGUGUAUGUGAUUGGGCGAGAGAAGGUGAAGAAGGGACCCGAGAAAGGCCAAGUGCGUGAAGUCUUGAAGAAGAAGCUGGACAUCCAGGCUCUGCGGGGAGUCUCCCUCAGCACGCGACAGGACGACUUCUUCAUCCUCCAAGAGGACGCCGUCGACAGCUUCCUGGAGAGCGUCUUCAAGACCGAGUUCGUCAGCCUUCUGUGCAAGCGCUUCGAGGAGGCGACUCGGAGGCCCCUGCCCCUCACCUUCAGCGACACACUACAGUUCCGAGUGAAGAAGGAGGGCUGGGGCGGUGGCGGCACCCGCAGCGUCACCUUCUCCCGCGGCUGCGGCGACUUGGCGGUACUCAAGGUUGGCGGUCGGACCCUCACCGUCAGCGUUGGCGAUGGGCUGCCCAAGAGCUCCAAGCCUACGCGGAAGGGAAUGGCCAAGGGAAGACCUCGAAGGUCGUCCCAGGCCCCUACCCGGGCGGCCCCUACCCGGGCGGCCCCUGGGCCCCCGAGAGGCAUGCAUCGCAAUGGGGUGCCCCCCUCUGCCAGAGGGGGCCCCCUGCCCCUGGAGAUCAUGUCUGGAGGGAGCUCCCACCGGCCUCCCCGGGGCCCUCCGUCCACAUCCCUGGGAGCCAGCAGACGACCCCGGGCACAGCUGCCCUCAGAGCACAACACAGAAUUCCUCAACGUGCCUGACCAGGGCAUGGCCGGCAUGCAGAGGAAGCGCAGUGUGGGGCAACGGCCAGUGCCUGGUGUGGGCCGACCCAAGCCCCAGCCUCGGACACAUGGCCCCAGGUGCCGGGCGCUAUACCAGUAUGUGGGCCAAGAUGUGGACGAGCUGAGCUUCAAUGUGAACGAGGUCAUCGAGAUCCUCAUGGAAGAUUCCUCGGGCUGGUGGAAGGGCCGGCUUCACGGCCAGGAGGGCCUUUUCCCAGGAAACUACGUGGAGAAGAUCUGAGCUGGGUCCUGGGAUUCUGCCUUUUCUUUUGCCCGCCUGUCUGCCUGCCUGCCUGGUGGGGAGCCAGGCCCUGCCAAUGAAAGCCUCGUUUACCUGGGCUGCAAUGAACUAAAAGUCCAGUCCUGUGGCCUCCAGUCCUGCCCAGGCCCUGGGUCUGUGAGUCACUGCUGCAGCCCCCACCCCUGGGCCCUGGUCUUCCCCCAACAUCACACCCGCUGCCCAUUCUCCACUUCUGCGUGUGUCAAACGGGACUAACAGCAGAAUCUACCUCCCAACUGCCAUGUGAUUAAGAAAUGAGUCUUGAGUCCUGUGCUGUUGGCAAAGUGCCAGGCACAUUGGGGGGAGGGGUCAUUGACAAGCGUGACUUUGCUCAUUCUGUCAUCACUAAGGCAAUAAAUGUUUGCCAGGUGAAA